AUGGAAGACGAAGCAGUGCUCUUUAUCAUGAGCAUGAGCGACACCAUGUCGUUUCUGAUGCCACCGCCCGUCGAUAUGGAUCUGAUGGACGAGUUUAAAGACGAAAAUAAUAAUUGUGAGGCCGAAAAGUAAUUCUGGCGUGAAAUGCUUAUGAAAUUUCGUAAAAUCUGAAGAGAAAUUUGCAAUUUUCCAUCGUGAUGACAUUUCGCGCUGAAAAUGAAAGAAAAAUCAACAGAAAUGUUAUUUUUAGCGUACAAAUCGCGGUGGGCCAUGUGCACCGAUAUAAUCCGUCAAAUGAUCGGCAAAAUGGAAGGAUGUCAAAUCGACGUGGCGAUUGCGAAGAACUCGGAUCUCGGACUGAGCGUUACGCGCGGAAAUUCCGACGAGAGGAGGGAGCCGCUUAUGAAUCUGCUCAACGCGAUUUCGACGACGUUGACGUCGAACGGACGCGCGAAUCCCGAGUUUGCGGUCCGUGAAAUCGACAAAUUUCUGAAUUCGGACCAGAAUAAAACCCGGAAAAUCCACUGUCACUGGUUCAUCGACGCUGAAACUUUUCUGGAAUUCGUUAGUGAUCUAGAACACACACCUUUCAAUUUUCGCAUUCAGAAUCCUUCGUCGAUCGAUCGCAACUUCAAAAAUCUGAAAAUGUACGUCGUCGGCCAAAUACGAACUCUUCACGAUCGAAUCGAAACGGCGAAGCACUUCACUGCCACGUGGCAACACAAAAUUGGCACCGAUUUGAAAUUUAUGCUGUGCGGGGCGGAUUUCGACGAUUUACGGGCGGAAAUUAGCGAGGAAAAGCGGUUGGAAUGGCGGGAGAAGACGGUGAAAUUCGUUUUUGGACACAAGGAAUUCGAUGUGCAGGUUUGAAAUUCAAUUUAUUUAUUUGAAGCAAAUCCUUUUCCAGCUCCUCCAAAAAGCCGUGUUCGGAAGUGCGGAAUGUCCGCUCGAAUUAAUCUCGUUCGUCGGAAUUCUGCCCGAAAUCGAGCUGUGCCGUCUGAACGAUUUCAACGAGAAGCGCCGAGAAAUGCUCGACGUGAGUACAAAGUCAGAAGCCGGCAACGAGAUUCUCUACUCGUUGGCCCAGUUUCUGCUCGGAGAAUCCAAAAAAUCGCCGUCAGCUCUUUGUAAAUGCUUCGGAAUCAAGAAACUCGAAGAGUACGCGAUUCUAACCGCCCAGUCCGAUGGUAUUUAAAAUGCCCGAAAAUGCGGGGAAAUUGACAAUAUUCGUUGCAGAAACCAAUGAAAUGAGUCUAUCACUUGUACGCAUUCCAAAACACGAAAUCGAUAAGCAGUUCGUGCUGAAAAUGGUGGAUCAGGUGCGAAUUUCCAGCUCUUACUCUACAAAUUACCUAUUUUCAGACGAAUGAGCCGUCGGAACCGCUUCCAGAAAUUUCCUACACUCCGAUCGCUCCGAUCGAUCACAAAAUCAUCAAGCGACGUCUUCGGCAAAUCGGAAAAGAGCCGCUGGAAGUGAAACGGCUGAAAUACGAGCAACUGAGCCAGGAGUACGAUCUUCUGGACGUCAAGGAGGCCUUCCUGCAGUUCAGCAGCCAGUGGAAGCUCGAUCAUUUGGAGGAGCCGGAAAUUUGA